AUGACUUCUUAUUGCCUUCCAGAUCUUAAUCCUUGCCGUGGUUCGCCUUGCAAUAAUGGUGGCACGUGCAUUCCACGUGGUGACAGCUAUCAAUGUCAUUGCAUAAGCGGAUAUGGUGGACUGAACUGCGACGAAUUUCUUUCUUGUUUGCAUAAUCAUGUACCAAGAAAAAUUAUUCUCAAGUUUGGAAAUACGAUCCUUGCCCUGAAAAGAGACACUAAGUUUAGUCAAAGGCGAUUUAUUUUAUUCAUACGCCUUACGUACGAUUUAAACGUAUUUAACAUACUUUUAAUCAGAAUUGCGAACGUCCAGGAGAUUAAAAACAGAUUACAGUGGGUAUAUUUUUUAUCAUCUUUAUUUUAUUUAGACCCCCAUCCAUGCGAUCCUAAUCCUUGCAAUAAUAAGGGCAAAUGCAUGCUGACAAAAUCAAUACAUGGUUAUCAGUGCGCAUGCCCAGUUGGUUGGAGAGGAUACAAUUGUGAACUUCAUGAUGAAUGCGCCAUCAACAAUCCUUGUGAACACGGUGGAAAGUGUGUAAAUAAAAUUGAUGAAAGCGUCACGUGCUUGUGCAGAGCACGGUUUGCUGGAGACAUGUGCGAAGUUGAUAAAUGUGCCGAUUGUGAUAUCGAAGCAUUCUGUCGCCAUGGACACUGUGUUUGCCGAACUGGUUUCAUUGGAAAUGGCUUCAGAUGUAAAGCCAUGGGUGACGUGUGCCAUCCCAAUCCUUGCGAUAACAAAGGGAAGUGCAAUCCUGGCCAAGAUGGAAAGAUAUUUACGUGUGAUUGCCCAGUUGGUUAUGUUGGCACCCGGUGUGAAUUUCCCAAUCCGUGCAUAAGUUCGCCCUGCUUGCAUAGUGGCGCAUGCGUAGAUGAAUCGAACAGUAAAGAUAAAGGAAUAUUAAUGUUGGAUCGACAUGACUACAAAUGCUUUUGCACUCAAGGUUAUCGAGGCAAAAAUUGCGAAGAAACCAGUCUUGCUGCGUGUAGUUCCGGACCUUGCGAAAACAACGGGACAUGUUUCGAUUCAUCCAGCGAAACACAUCGUAAACACUUAAAUCACGUUGACGACUACGAAUGUUUCUGUAUGAAAGGAUUUACUGGAAAGAAUUGUGAACUUAAUCAUUUCGCGUGCUAUUCUGAUCCUUGUUUAAACGGAGGAUCAUGUCUGGAUCCCGAUAAACUUCCCGAUGUCAGUUUUGAUGCACACGGAUAUAAGUGUAAUUGUAAAUCGGGCUUUACCGGGCGAAACUGUGAAGUCACAAUCAGUGGUCCCGGGGCCUGUCAUUUGUCUCCAUGCCAACACGAUGGUCGUUGUGUUGACAUUACAAACAAUCCGGAUCCAGAUGUCCACUUUGAUUAUGAGCAUUCAUUCAAAUGUUACUGCACUGCACAAUACAGUGGCAGGUUAUGUGAAGUUCCUUACCCAGCAUGCUAUUCGAUGCCAUGCCUUCAUAAUGGAACAUGUAUAGACCGAACACAUCAGCCGGUUUCUCUAUUUGAUGAUACAGGCUACCAUUGCGAAUGUAUGGCAGGUUUUGAAGGGAAGAACUGCGAACGUCAAUAUUCUUUCGCUUCUUCGGACGACGAUGACGUCAUAGUACAUCCUGCGAAUGGGUUGGAAGAAUCGGAUUCAUUAGCUCCUACUCCUCUGGUUGUAUUUUUAAAAUCCGUUCAAACACCAAGUAAACAUGUUAAACCGACAGCCGUGUCCUUGUCGCUUCAUUCGUCGGCGUCACCAAUGGAAGUUGAAAAACCAAAACAAUACAAAGUGACGGAGCUUGAAUUGCCUGACCUGGAUGAGCCGACCAGCAAAAUUGAAAAACCAUCCACUUUUGUGGCAAAACAAAGUGAAAAUACUAAAGAACCACUACGGAGAAAGUUGGCUGCACCAAGUGGGCUGAAAACACGAAAAUUAACAAAUACACAAACUGUAUUUCAUAACCCGAUGCCAACAAGUCCAAUUUUACUAAAAAAGUCAAAUGCUUUGAAUUACAAAACUGUUUUUGGGGCUAAUAAUAAUAAUGCGGCUGGUGGUUUAAGAACUAUGGCAAAGUCGGCGACACCAUAUGAUGGCGUUUCAGCAGACGGCGGCGUCGGAGUUAAAAAAGACAUGUUAAGCAUGCCGUCCUCUGUAUGGCAACGUGUGUAUGACGUAAUGAGCCAACUAUAUUAUAAAAAUCAUCCGAACGCGGGAAUAAUGAAGUGAAUUUAGAAAGAAAACAAAUUGAUGUUAAAGUUGCUUAGCGUUAAUUUUCACGAUGGCGAACAUCGGCACAAUGAGCUUCCAAUAUUGUAAGCUCGGUAUCUUGCGGGAAAAAUAUUACCCUUUCCUAAUACAACUUGUAUCAAUUCUCUUUUUGGUAUGUACAUAUAUUUAUAGUUUUGCACCAAGUUGCGCAGAAUACUACAAAUUGUAUAAUGUGUGAAUAUUUAUGAGAAGGAUAUUUUUGAAAUGAACAUUUUGUAGCAAAAAACUGCUUCUAAUUUUAUUUUACAAAAUUUUGUACCGCCGUCCAACACUAAUUGUACAUAGUCUGUCUCCGUAAAGUUGUAUAAAAAAACCCACAGGGUAACUUUGUAAGAGAGCCCUAGGGGUGAGGAUGGCCGUAAGGAGUCGCGAGGAGUAAAUGAUUCGUCUGCUAAAAGCUUUUCUACAUCAGGACUUUGAUAUUCUUAUAAAAAAAAAGUGUGUAAAAGCUUAAUUAGUC